UUGAGGCGUUAUUUGUGCUUUGUAUGCUAGCUUACCGGUUAAACUGCCAUUCAAGUGAAGUUACGCAAAGUUAGCGCAGGUUGUUUAACACUAAAAAACAGCGAUUGACAAACUGUUAUAGUUUUUAUUGAUAAGGAAUAAUAACAUCAGCUCCCCCAUGAGUAGUCCGAGUUUAUAUUUAUUGCUGUCAAAGUAAACCUUGUCUGUUUGAGUGCAUCAAAAAGGAGGUUGAAAAUGUCUAAAGCAGACAAUGAAGGCUUCAUUGUGAAGUUUGUGGAAAGUCAGGGAAAGAAAACAGAGUAUGCUGCCAAGGCGUAUGAGGCCAUUUUGGAGCUACAGUCUGAAAAGCACUUGAAGACCAUCGAUGAGGAUGCUGUGUUAGAGAUGAACCAGAAGGACAGGUCUUUGUUCGUCUUCAACAGCUUCACAACUCCAGCGUUUCUGCACUGCAAGAAGCUUGGCUGCCGGGUGGUGAGUCCGUUGGUGGUGUUGUACUGCCUGCAGCAGCAGCGUUGUGUCCCCAAAGCGGAGACGCCGGUCUAUAACAUGGCCAUGGCUGACAUCACUAUCUCCUGCACCAGCCUGGAUAAAACAACACGGGUAGAGAUGAUGGAUCUGGUGAAGCUCAUGGGCGGACGGGUCUAUCUUGACCUAAAUGUGUCUGUCACACACCUGAUAGCAGGAGAGGUGGGCAGCAAGAAGUACCUGGUGGCUGCCAGCCUGAGUAAACCCAUCCUGCUGCCCACAUGGGUCAAAGCCUGCUGGGAGAGAUCUCAGGACAGUCUCUUCAGGUACACAGACCUGCCCAUGGAGGACUACCUGUGCCCCGUGCUGCGUGGCUGCACUGUUUGUGUGACCGGCCUCUCCAGCACGGAGCGUAAAGAGGUGCAGCGGCUCUGUGAGCAGCACGGAGCCACCUACACCGGACAGCUCAAAAUGAACGAGUGUACACACCUCAUCGUUAGUGAACCAACAGGUCAGAAGUACGAGUGUGCUCGGAAGUGGAACGUGUAUUGCGUGUCUCUGCACUGGCUGUUCGACAGCAUAGAGAAGGGUUUCUGUCAGGAUGAGAGCAGGUACACCGUGGAGCGUAACGCAUCUAAAAGCACCCGACCGCACACUUCUACCCCAACUGGCAUCGGCAAGAAGGACGAGGGUUCGUCUUUGUUGGGCUUGAGUCACAUUUCUGUGAACGCUAGCAUGACAAUAAACGACACAGCUCUCACAAACGGCACCAUCAGCCGCCUGGAAACUCCAGACCCCAUAGACCGUCUGGACCUCUCUGUCUGCCCAGCUGAUGAUGUACUGGAUGGCUGUAAGCUGUAUCUGUGUGGCCUGCCGGGGAAGAAACUAGAGAAGCUUCGGCGUCUCGUGAACACCGCGGGAGGUUUACGCUUCAACCAGCCCAGUGAGGAGCUCACACACGUGGUGAUGGGAGAGCUGGACCAGGAGCUCAAGAAUUUUCUGUCCAAAGCAACUCACAGACCUCAUGUGGUGACGGUGCAGUGGCUGCUGGACAGCUUCUCCAAAGGAUGUCUCCCCCCAGAAGCAGACUACUUUCACCCUGACUGUCUACCUCCUGCUCCGGCUGCUGUAUCCGUGCCGGCUCAUCACACCCCGGUGUCCCGGCCCUCUGUCGGUCCCCCCGCGGCCAGUCCCAGCACUCCUGGGCAAAAAAGAGCAGAGGAGGAUCUGCUCUCACAGUACAUGGAUGAUGACCCUACAGUAGUUGACAUGCUGCCACCAGCAGAGGGCAACAGCAGGAUGUCUUUCAGUGCAGCUGCAGAGCCUCAGCCUCACCUAUCAAACCAGACCAGAGGAGCAGAGCCGGACUCGACCUUACAUGAAUCCAGCGAGGCCGGCCUGUUUGCCGGUAAACGUUUCCUGCUCGUUGGAUUUGGCUCUGAAGCCGAGGCUCAGCUCUCACAACUGGUGACAGAAAACGGAGGCAGGAUGCUGACGGGGCGGACACGCGUAGUGGCCGAUUACGCCGUGGUGCCACUGCUGGGCUGUUCAGUGGAGGCCACAGUGGACGAGGUGGUCACCGAUACCUGGCUGGCCAUGUGCGUUGAGAAGGAGUGUGUCCUGCAGCUUUCCUUCAACCCUCUGUUCACUCCUGUUCCCGUGAUGGACGGUCGUUUUCCUCUCAAGAAUUGUGUUCUCUCGGUCAGCCAGUUCACCGGAGCAGAGAGGGAGUCUUUAGUGGAGCUGGCCAAGCAUCUCGGAGCCAAUGUCCAGGAUUACUUUGUGCGCCUGGCCAACCAGAAGAAAGGCAUGUUGGCCUCUACUCAUCUGGUGCUGCAAUGUCCCGAUGGCACCAAGUACCAGGCGGCAAAGAAAUGGGGGCUUCCGGCCGUCACCAUGCACUGGAUACUGGAGUCUGCAAGAAGCGGGCAGAGAGCGGCGGAGGAGCGUUUCCUAGUCGACCUGCCACCUUCACCAGAGAGGGAGGAUGAGAGUUUUGUCGGCGGUUCUCAGAGGACUAUCAUGCCUCCACCGGCACGUUCCUCUCCGGAAAUCCCUCUGCUGGGUUUCCAGAGCGGGAAGGCCGUCACCCCGCUGGAUUUAGGUCGCUUUCAGAGCAAAGUGUUUCACUCUGCGCUCAAAAAGGUGAAGCCCAAAGAAGACAUUACCACCCCUAAACAUAACCAGGACGGGGGAAGAAGGAACCCCCUGCAGAAGGAGCCUUCUCUACAGCUGGACACCCCCUCUCGGUUCCUCAGCAGAGACCAGCUUUUCAGGCCCUCGUUCAGCGUCGAGGAUGCACUGGGAGCGCUGGAGACUCCAGGUGGGAAAUCUAAGCCAGGAGAAAAGGUGGAGACUCCGCUGACGGAUCUUGUCAACAGGAACCUGAAGGUGGCUUUGGCCAACAGCACUCGCAGUACUGUCUCAGAUAUGCAAGCUGUGUCCGCCAGCCCCCAGCUGAAAGAGACAGUUGAGAAGAAGGUCCCAGAAAAGGAAGCCGCCCCCCUCACUGGUGUCGUGAUCUGUGUGGGAAAGAAGCUGAGCAAGAUGCAGAGUGAACUAAAUGCAAUCGCUGCCUCGCUCGGAGCUGAUUUCAGGUGGGCUUGUGAUGAUACAGUGACCCACUACAUCUACCAGGGCCGUGUGGGAGACAACACCCGGGAGUACAGAGGAGUGAAGGAAAGAGGACUGCAUGUGGUCUCCCAGUGCUGGCUGCAGGCAUGUGCUGAUGAGCAGAGGCGUGUCCCAGAGUCUCUGUAUCCUUUCACCUACAACCCCAAAAUGAGCCUGAACCUGAGCCAGGUGCCCAGCUGCUCUCAGAGGUCUCCGCCUUUAACACGGACACAGCGUGCCACUGAAGCCAUGGACAAGGUAGGAGGUCUCAACACCACAGCAGAAUCUACUAACUUACGUCGUGUGAGCGAUGGAAGCACCGACCAAGAAGAUCCUACAGAAACAAGCGAUAUUUCAGAGACUCUAGAGAUGAGAGAGAACCUGCACCGACAGCUCCAGGAGAUCAUGUCAGCCACCAAGCUCACAACAGGUAGGCGUUCUUCAGUCCGACUCAGCAGGAUGGGAUCGGGAGGGGCCGACACGGGGCCCAACACACCCGACGGGAGCCGAGUCGGACGCAGCGGGAGCCGACGUACUCUGGAAGCUUUGAGGAUGUCCAGAGAAGCAGCGAUGGACUUAAACACGGAGCCGUCCCAGAGCGAGCAGAUCGUUUGGGAUGAUCCGACAGCCAGAGAGGAGAGGGCCAAGCUCGCUGAUAAUUUACAGUGGCCCGGGAGUCCCUCGCAGCACUCGGAGACCCUCGCACCACUGCCUCCCCCCACCGCGGAAAACGGCCAACAGUACAGAGACUCCAUGACCGACUCUGAGCUGGUGGAGAUGGCCGCUUGUGAUGUCAUCGCUCAGCAAAUGGGCCAGAGGGUUAAAUCUCCUUUAUCAGAGGAGCCUGAUAACGACAUCCUCACUCCUAAAGCCCCCAGCAUCGCCUUCCCUCUCGCCAACCCGCCCGUAGCUCCGGAGCCGCAGGAGGAGCACGAGGAAGAAAAGCAGCCGCCCAGAUUUCAGCUGUCCUCCCUCAGCCCUCAGGAGCGCAUUGAUUACAGUGACCUCAUCGAGCAGCUCGGCGGAGUCGUCCUGGACAAGCAGUCUUUUGACCCCAGCUGCUCCCACAUCAUCGUAGGGACGCCCCUGCGGAACGAGAAGUACCUGGCAGCCAUGGCGGCCGGCAAAUGGAUCCUGCACCGCUCGUACCUGGAGGCCUGCCGCUCUGUGGAUCGCUUCAUCCAGGAGGAUGAGUACGAGUGGGGCAGCAGCUCCAUCCUGGACGCGUUGCCCUCCAUCACCUCCCAGCAGAGGAGGCUGGCGUCUGCUGCCAUGCGCUGGAGGAAAACCCUGCAGGGGGGCCGAGACCAGGGGGGAGCCUUCAGUGGAUGGAUCGUCAUGUUGAACAUCGACCAGAACAGAGAGUCGGGCUUCAGGCGGUUGCUGCAGUCCGGCGGGGCGAAGGUGCUGCCCAGUCCGUCUCCGUCUUUAUACAAAGAGGCCACUCACGUGUUUGCAGACUUCACUCGGCUGAAACCCGGAGACUUCAGAGUCGACCUGUCGGAGGCCACCGCCCAGGGAGUCACAUGCCUGAAGCCGGAGUACAUCGCUGACUACCUCAUGCAGGAGCCGAUCCCUCCUCUUGAGCCGUAUUACCUGACCGAAGCUCCCUCUGAAGAAGCUCCGAGCACUCCGUCACGUAAACGUAAAGCCGCAGCCGAAACCUCCAGACUGAAAAAGACUCGUCUGAACUGAAACAUUAAA